UUGCUGUGGUACCGGGCGGAGUGCGGGAGGCGGAGACCCUCUGGACAGGCACCGGGAGAGCCGCUCUGUGACUCUGGGGACUCCACAGCCUGUGCGGGCAUGAGGGACCGCCUGAACGACCUGUCAGCGGCUAAGGGGGAAGGCGAAGAUGGGGACACCGUGGUUAUUAUGCAAAAAGAACAAUUUAUGGAUGACUUCUUCCUUCAGGUAGAAGAAAUAAGAAACAGCAUUGCUAAAAUAUCUGAAAAUGUAGACGAGGUGAAAAAGAAGCACAGCACAAUUUUAUCUGCGCCAAACCCAGAAGACAAAACCAAGGAUGAACUUGAAAGCCUUAACAAAGAAAUCAAGAAUAUCGCCAACAAAGUUCGGACAAAAUUAAAGUGUAAGGUAUUCUGUUGUUUACAGAAUGGUGUAAUUGGCCCCCUUUGCGCUAUAGCAUUCUUGGUUCAUUUAAAUGCCAUUAAAACUGAAAAAAAAAAAAAGCAU